AUGGCCUGGUGGCCUGGCAAAGACGUUGGUUCCGAUCCAAAAGCAGGAGCUCAGGCUCAUGUUCUGUCUCCUCCACACGCCAGGAAGAGGGCAACAUCAAGUAUAUGCACUUUUCCAGCUGCUUUCACCAAAGCCGCUCAUGGCCUUGCCACGACCCAACUUGCCGACAACCAUGUGCGACUCCGCGUUGGUCGUGCUAGAAGCACCCAUAGCAACAUCAAGCAAGACACCAUCUGGGUUGAGCCCUACCUGAAGAAGCAAGCUUGCCUUGAUCUCCUCAACACGGUACCUCCCGGCCGCACCAUCAUUUUCGUCAACAACAAGCACGCUACGGAUGAGCUCGACGACUUCUUGUUCAACAAGAGAGUUCCAGGGACAUACUCGGUCUUCACAAUUACCCGGCGCAGGAAUAGUUCUUGCAGGUUUUCCCGGAAUGGUCUCGUGGGAAGCAGAGUUGUCUUAGUCGAACUGAAACAGAAGUUCAGGCGGAGCAACAACGGUGAAGUUCGGGGACCAGUCCGAUUUGGGCGCAAAGAUUAGGCCAACACCACGAGUAACACGCUAAGGGCUCCCAAACCAUCUGUUAGAGUGGCUGUGGUGGUCAUGACCGGCAAGUCAUUCGGAAGCUGGAUGGUUUGAGUGAUAACUGGGCCAGCACGGUCACGGUCACACGGAUCCCGUAGGCCGCGAGGUCACAUUGGCAUCCGUUGCACUUGGACAUGGCUACUCUGGCUGAAUCAUGCAAUCCAUGUGGAUGAUGGUGCGGCCUGGCGGCCUGUUGGCCCAGUGGCCAGUUUGAGGCAAACGCAUUGGUUUGCCUGUAUCUCCCAGCAACGGAGGGGCAAUAAUCAGAUCUUGCACUUCCUCGCCUCAGG